UGUAAAGGGCCCGAAACAUUGGUGUGAUUAAAAAAACAAUUAUACGCGAUUUAAAAAGUUUAAUUUUUUACAUAUAAAUAGUUUUUAUGUCGUUAUUUUGUAUUACUUAACAAGUGAAGCGCAAACAACGUCAGUUUAAAAUAAUUUAAAAAUGGAUGAAGGUUUUGCUCAUUUGCAAGGAAGCAAGCAUAAUAAGAAGGGUAUGCUGCCUCCUGAUGGGGGCUGGGGAUAUAUGGUGUGCAUCGGUGUGGGAUUCACUUUCAUGUUUGGAUUCGGCUCGACGAAUGCCUUCGGUAUUCUUUUCAACCAGUUUUUCAUGGAACAAGGUGGAGCCAGCAGUUUAGCCCUAGUCAUUGGAGUUUACAACGGAGCUCUAUCAAUAGCAGGGUUUCUCAGUGGGAUAGCGCUAAAAAAAUAUUCAUUUCGUCAAGUAGGCUUGGUGGGAGCCGGGUUGUUUGUGCUCGGUGACGUCAUGACCAUAUUUGUUCAAAGGACUUACCAGCUGGUAUUCACGUUUGGAGUUGUUAGGGGAGCAGGAUUUGGUGUAAUGAUCCCAGUGAGUUUGACAGCGUUCAACUGCUACUUUAAUAAGAAACGUACAGCCAUGAUGAGUGCAAACCAGUCGAUGAGCUCGCUGGCGUCCAUAACCUUUCCUAUGCUGGUGACGCUUCUUUUAUCCGAAUACGGGUUUAGAUGGACCUUGAUUUUAAUAAUGGCCUUGGAUUUACAUUUAGUGUUAGCUAUGUUAGUCAUGCAUCCUGUUGAAUGGUAUUUAAUUAAGGGUACUGAAGCUGAUACGUUAUGUGAAGCGUUGAGUCUUAAAAAGUUAAGUUUCGACCAGGCAGCGGUGAAUAUGCUGUCAGAUGACGACAGUGAUAUCGAGGUCACAGAUAUAAAAGAAAAUAAAGGAAGACGUCGACAUGAAUCUAUACAGAAGAGUAUAUUAAAAAUCAUAUACGAGAAUGUAGACGUGGAUCUGUUGAAAGAUCCACGUUUUGUGAGCACUUUAGUGGGAUUGGGCUUUACUUUCGUCUCUGACGUCACCUAUCUGGCUAUGGAGCCAAUACUACUGUUCUCGUAUGGAUUCAGCGAGAUGCAAGUAGCGACGUGCGUGAUGGUGGGCGCCGUGGCCGAUUUCUUGGCGAGAUUAGGACUGGCGAUAUUCACGUAUUUCUACACAGUGGACAGUCGGACGAUUUUCUUUUUUGGUACUUGUGUCACUGUUGUUCUACGUAUCGCACUCGUAAGCACAAGUGACCUGUACUUCGUGUACGCCAUAACCGUGAUCUCCGGCCUGGUGCGGUGUACGGUCCAGGUGCUGUUCCCGCUGGUGUUGGUCACGGCAGCUCCCGAUCGGUUCCCUGCUGCGCUGGCGCUGCAUAUUCUGUUCUCUGGGUGUUUGAUGUUAAUGGCUGAUCCUUUGAUUAGCGUAAUCUUCGUAACUACAGGAAGCUACGUCUACUGUUUCCUCGCAAUGAGCGUGAGCUGUUUUAUUUCUGUCGUGCUGUGGACGGUCGAGUACUUUGUGUACCGCAAGAACAAAACCAGGAGGUGCCAGUGAGAGUCGCAAGAACAAAACCAGGCAUAGACUGUGCCAGUGAGAGUUACAAUGUUCCUUGUUAAUAGUGAAGUUGCAGUUUAAGGUUUAUUUUGAUUAUGUAACAAUAUAAUGUGAACAAUAUGUAUUUAGUAACAUAAUUCUCGAUUUGUAAAAGUUCAGUUUGUGAAUAUUUAAAAUUUACACUCUGCCAAAUUGAACAAUAUCUAAGACGGAACAUCGCUGUCAAUUAGUGCAAUGUAAAAAGUAACAGAAAAACCCGACUUCAAAAAUUUAUGGAAUUACAUCUAUUUGCCAAGUUUUGUUUGGAUCGGUUACCGGAAAGUGCGCGAAACCGGAUUAA